AACACGAGGAAAUUCUGCAACCCUCUCUGUGUGUUGUUUAUAUCCUCACCUUCCUCUAACAUUUCUGGGCAGAGAAGACUGCUUCUCACUUUAAUUCCUUUUCUCCUUGUCUAGGUGGUGUGUGAUGUGACUGGCUCGGCUCCCAUGUGGAACAAAGAUGGCAAGACGAAGGUUUAAGAAGUUCAGCACCCUGGAGCUUGUGCUCAUUGUUCUGCUGCUUAUACUGUUCAUCGUCGCGGUGGUUCUAAUUGUGCUCUUAGCCAACUCCACGGAACCAAAUGCUGUGGACGCUGAAACAACUGGCACUCCAGACACUACACUCACCAGGACCACUCUUAACUUUCCCGAAUGCCCAGUGCUAAGUGAGGCGGAACGGAUAAAUUGCAUCCCUGACCAGUCAUCUAAUAAGGAUACAUGUGACCAGCGUGGCUGCUGCUGGGAUCCUCAGGGAUCCAUCAGUGUUCCUUGCUACUUUUCCAGAAAUCAUGGCUACAAAAUGGAGAGUGACCUUGCAAACACAACUGCAGGAUUCACAGCUGCACUGAAAAACUUAGCUUCUGCACCUGUGUUUGGAAAUGGCAUCGAAAACAUCCUGCUUACAGCAGAGUACCAGACAUCAAAUCGCUUCCAUUUUAAGUUGACUGACCAAACCAAGGAGAGGUAUGAGGUGCCCCACGAGCAUGUGAAACCCUUCAGUGGAAAUGCUGCUUCUUCCUUGAACUACAAUGUUGAGGUCUUCAAGGAGCCAUUUAGCAUCAAAGUCACCAGAAAAAGCAAUAACCGUGUGCUGUUUGACUCAAGUAUUGGGCCCCUCCUCUUCUCUGACCAGUUCCUGCAGCUCUCCACCCACCUGCCAAGUGCUAAUGUGUAUGGUCUGGGUGAGCAUGUGCACCAGCAGUACCGGCAUGAUAUGAAUUGGAAGACCUGGCCUAUGUUUGCCAGAGAUACAACCCCGAAUGAGGACGGAAAUAACUUGUAUGGUGUGCAAACAUUCUUCCUGUGCCUUGAAGAUAAUAGUGGAUUGUCCUUUGGGGUGUUCCUGAUGAACAGCAAUGCCAUGGAGGUUACCCUUCAGCCUACCCCAGCAAUCACAUACCGCAUCACUGGGGGAAUUCUGGACUUCUAUGUGUUUUUGGGGAACACACCUGAGCAAGUUGUUCAAGAAUACCUAGAGCUCAUUGGGCGGCCAACUCUGCCUUCAUACUGGACACUUGGGUUUCAGCUCAGCCGGUAUGAUUAUGGAAGCCUAGAUAAAAUGAAAAUAGUUGUGGAGAGAAACCGUGCAGCACAACUCCCUUAUGAUGUUCAGCAUGCUGACAUUGAUUAUAUGGAUCAGAGAAAGGACUUCACUUAUGACCCAGUGAACUUUAAAGGCUUCCCAGAGUUUGUCAAGGAGCUACACAAUAAUGGACAGAAGCUUGUUAUCAUUUUGGAUCCAGCCAUUUCCAACAACUCUCUCUCAAGUAAUCCCUAUGGCCCAUAUGAUAGGGGUUCAGCAAUGAAAGUCUGGGUGAAUAGUUCUGAUGGCAAUGCACUCAUUGGAAAGGUCUGGCCUGGAACAACUGUGUUUCCUGAUUACACCAGUCCCAACUGUGCUGUUUGGUGGAAAAAAGAAAUUGAGCUUUUCCACAAUGAAGUGGAGUUUGAUGGAAUUUGGAUUGAUAUGAAUGAAGUCUCCAACUUUGUUGAUGGUUCAGUUUCUGGAUGUUCCCAAAACAACUUGAAUUAUCCCCCAUUCACCCCAAAGGUCCUGGAUGGGAACUUGUUCUCUAAGACUCUCUGCAUGGAUGCAGUUCAGCACUGGGGAAAGCAGUAUGAUGUCCACAAUCUGUACGGCUAUUCCAUGGCCAUUGCCACUGAAGAAGCCGUGAAGACCGUGUUCCCAGACAAGAGAAGCUUCAUUCUAACACGUUCUACCUUUGCCGGUUCUGGCAAAUUUGCAGCCCACUGGUUAGGAGAUAACACUGCCACCUGGAAGGACCUUCAGUGGUCCAUCCCAGGCAUGCUUGAGUUCAACCUUUUCGGUAUCCCAAUGGUAGGGGCCGAUAUAUGUGGCUUUGCCAUGAACACAUAUGAGGAGUUGUGCAGGCGCUGGAUGCAGCUGGGGGCAUUUUAUCCAUUUUCCCGGAAUCACAAUGGGCAAGGUUACAAGGACCAGGAUCCUGCUUCUUUCGGAGAAGACUCCUUGCUGUUGAAUUCAUCUAGGCACUACCUUAACAUCCGCUACACGUUGCUGCCUUACCUCUACACUCUUUUCUACAGAGCACACAGCCGGGGAGACACUGUAGCUAGGCCUCUUCUGCAUGAGUUCUAUGAAGACAGCAAUACUUGGGACAUAGACAGACAAUUUCUGUGGGGACCAGGUCUCCUCAUCACUCCUGUUCUGGAUCAGGGUGCAGAGAAAGUGAAAGCGUAUGUGCCGGAUGCCACCUGGUAUGACUAUGAGACCGGAGAGCAAUUGGCAUGGAGAAAGCAAAGCGUUGAGAUGGAACUUCCUGAAGACAAGAUUGGACUUCACCUUCGAGGGGGCUACAUCUUCCCCACACAGCAGCCAGCCACAACCACAGAAGCCAGUCGGAAGAAUCCUCUUGGUCUUAUCAUUGCCCUGGAUAAGAACAAGGAAGCAAAAGGAGAGCUGUUCUGGGAUGAUGGGCAGACAAAGGACACUGUGGCCAAAAACCUUUACCUUUUCACCGAAUUCUCCGCCACUCAAAACCGUUUGGAUGUGACAAUUUCAAGUCCAAACUACAAGGAUCCCAAUAACCUGGAAUUCCAGGAAAUUAAAAUCUUUGGGACACAGGAAUUUCGCAAUGUUAAAGUGAAACAGAAUGGGGUUCUCCUUCAAAUGUCUCCUCAAGUCAAUUACAAUUCAAACCUGAAGGUUGCUACCAUCACAAAUAUCCAUCUCAUGCUGGGAGAAGCAUAUACAGUCGAGUGGGACAUCUUCACGAGGGAUGAGGAAAAGAUAGAUUGUUAUCCAGAUGAACAUGGUGUUUCUGAGGCAAACUGCAUUGCCCGUGGCUGCAUCUGGGAGGUUUCCAACACUCCUGGCGUCCCUCAUUGCUACUUUGCUAAUGAACUGUACUCAGUCAGCAAUAUUCAGUACAACUCCCAUGGGGCCACAGCUGACAUUUUCUUGAAGGCUUCUACUUAUAGCAAUGCCUUCCCCUCUACACCCGUGAAUCAACUGCAACUGAAGGUGGCCUACCACAAGGACCAAAUGCUGCAGUUUAAGAUCUAUGAUCCCAACCGCAGUCGUUAUGAAGUUCCAGUCCCUCUGAACAUCCCCAGUGCUCCGUCGAGCACCCCUGAAGGCCGUCUGUAUGAUGUCUUCAUCAAGGAGAAUCCAUUUGGGAUUCAAAUUCGCCGAAAGAGCACAGGCACUGUAAUCUGGGACUCUCAGCUCCUUGGCUUCACCUUCAAUGACAUGUUCAUCCGCAUCUCCACCCGCCUGCCCUCCACAUACAUCUAUGGCUUUGGGGAAACUGAGCACACAACCUUCAAGAUAGACAUGAACUGGCAAACAUGGGGCAUGUUUUCCAGGGAUGAGCCCCCAGGGUACAAAAAGAAUUCCUAUGGUGUCCACCCUUACUACAUGGGGCUGGAGGAGGAUGGCAAUGCCCAUGGAGUCCUCUUGAUGAACAGCAAUGCCAUGGAUGUAACCUUCCAGCCCAUGCCUGCCCUGACAUACCGAACCGUAGGGGGCAUUCUGGACUUUUAUGUGUUCUUGGGCCCAACUCCAGAGAUUGUUACUGAACAAUACACAGAGUUGAUUGGUCGGCCUGUGAUGGUACCUUAUUGGUCCCUGGGAUUCCAGCUGUGUCGCUAUGGAUAUGAGAAUGAUACGGAGAUUGCCAACCUAUAUGAUGAAAUGGUGGCUAAGCGGAUCCCAUAUGAUGUGCAGUACUCAGACAUUGACUACAUGGAGAGGCAGCUGGACUUCAAGCUCAACCCUAAGUUCUCUGGGUUUCCAGACCUGAUCAAUCGCAUGAAGGACAAUGGGAUGCGGGUCAUCCUCAUUCUGGAUCCAGCUAUUUCUGGCAAUGAGACAGAGCCCUAUCCUGCCUUCACCAGGGGAGUGGAGAAUGACGUCUUCAUCAGCUAUCCCAAUAAUGGAGGCAUUGUUUGGGGAAAGGUCUGGCCUGAUUACCCUAAUAUCACUGUGGACCCAUCUCUAGACUGGGACAGUCAAGUGCAGCAAUACCGAGCUUAUGUGGCCUUCCCAGACUUUUUCCGUGAUUCAACUGCCCUCUGGUGGAAGAAUGAGAUUAAAGAACUCCACAGCAACUCACAGGAUCCUGCAAAGAGCUUGAAGUUUGAUGGCCUGUGGAUUGACAUGAAUGAACCUUCCAGCUUUGUGAAUGGGGCAGUUCCUUCCGGCUGCACUGACACUACUCUGAACCGUCCUCCCUACAUGCCACAUUUGGAAGCCAGGGACAGGGGCCUGAGCAGCAAGACCCUGUGCAUGGAGAGCGAGCACAUCCUUCCAGAUGGCUCCCGGGUGCGGCACUAUGAUGUACACAGCCUGUAUGGGUGGUCCCAGACCAGACCCACCUACGAAGCUAUGCAGGAGGUGACAGGAGAGAGAGGGAUUGUCAUCACCCGCUCCACAUUCCCCUCUUCUGGACGCUGGGGAGGACACUGGCUGGGAGACAACACAGCUGCCUGGGACCAGCUGGGGAAAUCCAUCAUUGGCAUGAUGGAUUUCAGCCUCUUUGGCAUAUCCUAUACUGGGUCAGACAUCUGUGGGUUCUUUCAAGAUGCCGAAUAUGAGAUGUGUGUUCGCUGGAUGCAGCUGGGCGCCUUUUACCCCUUCUCCAGGAACCACAACACCAUCGGGACCAAGAGGCAAGACCCUGUAUCCUGGAAUGAAACCUUUGAGGACAUUUCCAGAAGUGUGCUGGAGACCAGAUACACCCUGUUGCCAUAUCUCUACACCUUGAUGUACAAAGCCCAUAAGGAGGGCAGCACAGUUGUGCGGCCUCUUCUGCAUGAGUUUCUGGCAGACCGGGAGACCUGGAACGUAGACAAACAGUUCCUGCUGGGUCCAGCCUUCCUAGUCAGCCCUGUCCUUGAACUUAAUGCCAGAAAUGUCACUGCAUAUUUCCCUAAAGCCCAGUGGUAUGAUUAUUACACGGGUGCAGAUAUUAAUUCAACAGGAGAGUGGAGGACCUUGCCAGCCCCUCUUGAGCACAUUAAUCUUCAUGUCCGAGGGGGUUACAUCUUGCCAUGGCAACAACCUGCCCUGAACACCAACUUAAGUCGGAAGAAACCUCUUGGUCUCCUCAUUGCUCUGAACGAGAAUAAAGAAGCAAGAGGAGAGCUGUUCUGGGAUGAUGGGCAGUCAAAGGACACUGUGGCCAAAAACAUUUACCUUUUCAGUGAAUUUUCUGUUACCCAAAACCGUUUGGAUGUAACAAUUUCAAGUCCAAACUACAAGGAUCCCAAUAACCUGGAAUUCCAGGAAAUUAAAAUCUUUGGGACACAGGAAAUCCGCAAUGUUAAAGUGAAACAGAAUGGGGUUCUCCUUCAAAUGUCUCCUCAAGUCAAUUACAAUUCAAACCUGAAGGUUGCUACCAUCACAAAUAUCCAUCUUGUGCUGGGAGAAGCAUAUACAGUUGAGUGGGACAUCUACUCAAAGGACGUGGAAAGGAUAGAUUGCUAUCCAGAUGAGCAUGGUGUUUCUGAGGCAAACUGCACUGCUCGUGGCUGCAUCUGGGAGGUUUCCAACACUCCUGGGGUCCCUCAUUGCUACUUUGCUAAUGAGCUGUACUCAGUCAGCAAUAUUCAGUAUGACUCCCAUGGGGCCACAGCUGACAUUUCCUUGAAGGCUUCACCUUAUAGCAAUGCCUUCCCCUCUACACCCGUGAAUCAACUGCAACUGAAAGUGACCUACCACAAGGACCAAAUGCUGCAGUUUAAGAUCUAUGAUCCCAACCGCAGUCGUUAUGAAGUUCCAGUCCCUCUGAACAUCCCCAGUGCUCCAUCGAGCACCCCUGAAGGCCGUCUGUAUGAUGUCUUCAUCAAGGAGAAUCCAUUUGGGAUUCAAAUUCGCCGAAAUAGCACAGGCACUGUAAUCUGGGACUCUCAGCUCCUUGGCUUCACCUUUAAUGACAUGUUCAUCCGCAUCUCCACCCGCCUGCCAUCCACAUACAUCUAUGGCUUUGGGGAAACUGAGCACACAACCUUCAAGAUAGACAUGAACUGGCAAACAUGGGGCAUGUUUUCCAGGGAUGAGCCCCCAGGGUACAAGAAGAAUUCCUAUGGUGUCCACCCUUACUACAUGGGGCUGGAGGAGGAUGGCAAUGCCCAUGGAGUCCUCUUGAUGAACAGCAAUGCCAUGGAUGUAACCUUCCAGCCCAUGCCUGCCCUGACAUACCGAACCACAGGGGGCAUUCUGGACUUUUAUGUGUUCUUGGGCCCAACUCCAGAGAUUGUUACUCAACAAUACACAGAGUUGAUUGGUCGGCCUGUGAUGGUACCUUAUUGGUCCCUGGGAUUCCAGCUGUGUCGCUAUGGAUAUGAGAAUGAUACUGAGAUUGCCAACCUGUAUGAUGAGAUGGUGGCUAAGCAGAUCCCCUAUGAUGUGCAGUACUCAGACAUUGACUACAUGGAGAGGCAGCUGGACUUCAAGCUCAGCCCUAAGUUCUCUGGGUUUCCAGACCUGAUCAAUCGCAUGAAGGACAAUGGGAUGCGGGUCAUCCUCAUUCUGGAUCCAGCUAUUUCUGGCAAUGAGACAGAGCCCUAUCCUGCCUUCACCAGGGGAGUGGAGAAUGACGUCUUCAUCAGCUAUCCCAAUAAUGGAGGCAUUGUCUGGGGAAAGGUCUGGCCUGAUUACCCUAAUAUCACUGUGGACCCGUCUCUAGACUGGGACAGUCAAGUGCAGCAAUACCGAGCUUAUGUGGCCUUCCCAGACUUUUUCCGUAAUUCAACUGCCCUCUGGUGGAAGAAUGAGAUUAAAGAACUCCACAGCAACUCACAGGAUCCUGCAAAGAGCUUGAAGUUUGAUGGCCUGUGGAUUGACAUGAAUGAACCUUCCAGCUUUGUGAAUGGGGCAGUUCCUUCCGGCUGCACUGACACUACUCUGAACCGUCCUCCCUACAUGCCACAUUUGGAAGCCAGGGACAGGGGCCUGAGCAGCAAGACCCUGUGCAUGGAGAGUGAGCACAUCCUUCCAGAUGGCUCCCGGGUGCGGCACUAUGAUGUACACAGCCUGUAUGGGUGGUCCCAGACCAGACCCACCUAUGAAGCAGUGCAGGAGGUGACAGGAGAGAGAGGGAUCGUCAUCACCCGCUCCACAUUCCCCUCUUCUGGACGCUGGGGAGGACACUGGCUGGGAGACAACACAGCUGCCUGGGACCAGCUGGGGAAAUCCAUCAUUGGCAUGAUGGAUUUCAGCCUCUUUGGCAUAUCCUAUACUGGGUCAGACAUCUGUGGGUUCUUUCAAGAUGCCGAAUAUGAGAUGUGUGUUCGCUGGAUGCAGCUGGGCGCCUUUUACCCCUUCUCCAGGAACCACAACACCAUCGGGACCAAGAGACAAGACCCUGUAUCCUGGAAUAAAACCUUUGAGGACAUUUCCAGAAGUGUGCUGGAGACCAGAUACACCCUGUUGCCAUAUCUCUACACCUUGAUGUACAAAGCCCACAAGGAGGGCAGCACAGUUGUGCGGCCUCUUCUGCAUGAGUUUCUGGCAGACCGGGAGACCUGGAACGUAGACAAACAGUUCCUGCUGGGUCCAGCCUUCCUAGUCAGUCCUGUGUUGGAACCUAAUGCCAGAAAUGUCACUGCAUAUUUCCCUAAAGCCCAGUGGUAUGAUUAUUACACGGGUGCAGAUAUUAAUUCAACAGGAGAGUGGAGGACCUUGCCAGCCCCUCUUGAGCACAUUAAUCUUCAUGUCCGAGGGGGUUACAUCUUGCCAUGGCAACAACCUGCCCUGAACACCAACUUAAGUCGGAAGAAACCUCUUGGUCUCCUCAUUGCUCUGAACGAGAAUAAAGAAGCAAGAGGAGAGCUGUUCUGGGAUGAUGGGCAGUCAAAGGACACUGUGGCCAAAAACAUUUACCUUUUCAGUGAAUUUUCUGUUACCCAAAACCGUUUGGAUGUGACAAUUUCAAGUCCAAACUACAAGGAUCCCAAUAACUUGGAAUUCCAGGAAAUUAAAAUCUUUGGGACACAGGAAAUCCUUAAUGUUAAAGUGAAACAGAAUGGGGUUCUCCUUCAAAUGUCUCCUCAAGUCAAUUAUAAUUCAAACCAGAAGGUUGCUACCAUCACAAAUAUCCAUCUCGUGCUGGGAGAAGCAUAUACAGUUGAGUGGGACAUCUACUCAAAGGACAUGGAAAGGAUAGAUUGCUAUCCAGAUGAGCAUGGUGUUUCUGAGGCAAACUGCACUGCUCGUGGCUGCAUCUGGGAGGUUUCCAACAUCCCUGGGGUCCCUCAUUGCUACUUUGCUAAUGAGCUGUACUCAGUUAGCAAUGUUCAAUAUGACUCCCAUGGGGCCACAGCCGACAUCUCCUUGAAGGCUUCACCUUAUAGCAAUGCCUUCCCCUCUACACCCGUGAAUCAACUGCAACUGAAAGUGACCUACCACAAGGACCAAAUGCUGCAGUUUAAGAUCUAUGAUCCCAACCACAGUCGGUAUGAAGUCCCAGUCCCUUUGAACAUCCCUAGGACUCCAUCCAGUACUGUUGACGGCCGUCUGUAUGAUGUCCUCAUCAAGGAGAAUCCAUUUGGGAUUCAAAUUCGCCGAAAGAGUACAGGCACUGUAAUCUGGGACUCUCAGCUCCUUGGCUUCACCUUCAAUGACAUGUUCAUCCGCAUCUCCACCCGCCUGCCCUCCACAUACAUCUAUGGAUUUGGGGAAACUGAGCACACAACCUUCAAGAUAGACAUGAAUUGGCAUACAUGGGGCAUGUUUUCCAGGGAUGAACCUCCAGGGUACAAGAAGAAUUCCUAUGGUGUCCACCCUUACUACAUGGGGCUGGAGGAGGACGGCAAUGCCCAUGGAAUCCUCCUGUUGAACAGCAAUGCCAUGGAUGUAACCUUCCAGCCUAUGCCUGCCCUGACAUACCGAACCACAGGGGGCAUUCUAGACUUCUAUGUGUUCUUGGGCCCAACUCCAGAGAUUGUUACUCAGCAGUAUACAGAGUUGAUUGGUCGGCCUGUGAUGGUACCUUACUGGUCCCUGGGAUUCCAGCUGUGUCGCUAUGGAUAUGAGAAUGAUGCUGAGAUCGCCAACUUGUAUGAUGAGAUGGUGGCUAAGCAGAUCCCCUAUGAUGUGCAGUACUCAGACAUUGACUACAUGGAGAGGCAGCUGGACUUCAAGCUCAACCCUAAGUUCUCUGGGUUUCCAGACCUGAUCAAUCGCAUGAAGGACAAUGGGAUGCGGGUCAUCCUCAUUCUGGACCCAGCCAUUUCUGGCAAUGAGACAGAGCCCUAUCCUGCCUUCACCAGGGGAGUGGAGAAUGACGUCUUCAUCAGAUAUCCCAAUAAUGGAGACAUUGUCUGGGGAAAGGUCUGGCCUGAUUACCCUAAUAUUGUUGUGAACUCCUCUCUGGACUGGGACAGUCAAGUGGAGCAAUAUCGAGCUUAUGUGGCCUUCCCAGACUUUUUCCGGAAUUCAACUGCCCUCUGGUGGAAGAAGGAGAUUGAAGAACUCUACAGGAACACACAGGAACCGGCAAAAAGCUUGAAGUUUGAUGGCCUGUGGAUUGAUAUGAAUGAACCUUCCAGCUUUGUGAAUGGGGCAGUUCCUUCCGGCUGCAGUGACACUACUCUGAACCGUCCUCCCUACAUGCCAUAUUUGGAAGCCAGGGACAGGGGCCUGAGCAGCAAGACCCUGUGCAUGGAGAGCGAGCACAUCCUUCCAGAUGGCUCCCGGGUGCGGCACUAUGAUGUACACAGCCUGUAUGGGUGGUCCCAGACCAGACCCACCUACGAAGCAGUGCAGGAGGUGACAGGAGAGAGAGGGAUUGUCAUCACCCGCUCCUCAUUCCCCUCUUCUGGACGCUGGGGAGGACACUGGCUGGGAGACAACACAGCUGCCUGGGACCAGCUGGGGAAAUCCAUCAUUGGCAUGAUGGAUUUCAGCCUCUUUGGCAUAUCCUAUACUGGGUCAGACAUCUGUGGGUUCUUUCAAGAUGCCGAAUAUGAGAUGUGUGUUCGCUGGAUGCAGCUGGGCGCCUUUUACCCCUUCUCCAGGAACCACAAUACCAUCGGAACCAGGAGACAAGACCCAGUAUCCUGGAAUAAAACCUUUGAGGAUAUUUCCAGAAGUGUGCUGGAGACCAGAUACACCCUGUUGCCAUAUCUCUACACCUUGAUGUACAAGGCCCACACAGAGGGCAGCACAGUCGUGCGGCCUCUUCUCCAUGAAUUUGUGUCAGACCGGGAGACCUGGAGUAUAGACAAACAGUUCCUGCUGGGCCCAGCUUUCCUAGUCAGCCCUGUGCUAGAACCUGAUGCCCGAAACAUCAGAUCAUAUUUCCCCAGAGCCCUCUGGUAUGACUACUACACGGGUGAAAAUAUCAAUUCAACAGGAGAGUGGAGGACUUUAUCAGCCCCUCUUGAGCAUAUCAAUCUUCAUGUCCGUGGGGGCUACAUCCUGCCCUGGCAACGACCUGCCCUGAACACUCACUUAAGUCGGAAGAAUCCUCUUGGUCUUAUCAUUGCUCUGGAUGAGAACAAAGAAGCAAGGGGAGAGCUAUUCUGGGAUGAUGGGCAGUCGAAGGAUCUCACAACCAAUAACAUUCUGUGUAAAUUUUCAGUCACUCAAAACCGCUUGGAUGUGAGCACUUCAAAAUCAACCUACACGGAUCCUGAUAACUUAACAUUUCAGGAGAUUAAAAUUUUUGGAACACAGGCACUUUACAAUGUUACAGUGAAACACAAUGGUAUGGUAAAUCAGAUGUCUCCUCAAGUCAGUUAUGAUCCAAACAUGAAGGUUGCACUUAUUACAGGCAUCCAACUUCUCCUGAAUGAAUCCUACACAGUGGAGUGGGAUGGCAGCAUCAGGGAUGGAGAAAAGAUGGAUUGUUAUCCGGAUCAACAUGGGGCUUCUGAAGCAAACUGCACUGCCCGAGGCUGUGUCUGGGAGGUUUCCAACUCUCCUGGGGUCCCCUUUUGCUACUUUGUCAAUGAGCUGUACUCAGUCAGCAAUGUUCAAUAUGACUCCCAUGGGGCUUCAGCCAACAUCUCCUUGAAGGCUUCACCUUAUAGCAAUGCCUUCCCCUCUACACCCGUGAAUGAACUGCAGCUGAAAGUGACCUAUCACAAGGACGAAAUGCUUCAGUUUAAGAUCUAUGAUCCAAACCACAGUCGGUAUGAAGUCCCAGUCCCUCUGAACAUCCCCAGCUCUCCAUCCAGUACCCCUGACAACCGCUCGUAUGAUGUGUUCAUCAAGGAGAACCCAUUUGGGAUUGAAAUUCGUCGGAAGGGUACAGGCUCUGUCAUCUGGGACUCUCGGCUCCUUGGCUUCACCUUCAAUGACAUGUUCAUUCGCAUCUCCACCCGCCUGCCCUCCACAUACAUCUAUGGCUUUGGGGAAACUGAGCACACAACCUUCAAGAUAGACAUGAACUGGCAUACAUGGGGCAUGUUUUCCAGGGAUGAGCCCCCAGGGUACAAGAAGAAUUCCUAUGGUGUCCACCCUUACUACAUGGGGCUGGAGGAGGACGGCAAUGCCCAUGGAAUCCUCCUGAUGAACAGCAAUGCCAUGGACGUGACAUUGCAGCCCAUGCCUGCUCUGACGUACCGCACCACAGGGGGAGUUCUGGAUUUUUUUGUAUUUUUGGGGCCAACUCCUGAGCUUGUCACUCAGCAAUACACAGAGUUGAUUGGUCGGCCUGUGAUGGUACCAUACUGGUCCCUGGGAUUCCAGCUGUGUCGCUAUGGAUAUGAGAAUGAUACUGAGAUCGCCAACCUGUAUGAUGACAUGGUGGCUAAGAAGAUCCCCUAUGAUGUGCAGUACUCAGACAUUGACUACAUGGAGAGGCAGCUGGACUUCAAGCUCAACCCUAAGUUCUCUGGGUUUCCAGACCUGAUCAAUCGUAUGAAGCAUGAUGGGAUGCGGGUCAUCCUCAUUCUGGAUCCAGCUAUUUCUGGCAAUGAGACAGAGCCCUACCCUGCCUUCACCAAGGGAGUGGAGAAUGACGUCUUCAUCAGAUAUCCCAAUAAUGGAGACAUUGUCUGGGGAAAGGUCUGGCCUGAUUACCCUAAUAUCACUGUGGACCCAUCUCUAGACUGGGACAGUCAAGUGGAGCAAUACCGAGCUUAUGUGGCCUUCCCAGACUUUUUCCGGAAUUCAACUGCCCUCUGGUGGAAGGAUGAGAUUAAAGAACUCCACAGCAACACACAGGAUCCUGCAAAGAGCUUGAAGUUUGAUGGCCUGUGGAUUGACAUGAAUGAACCUUCCAGCUUUGUGAAUGGGGCAGUUCCCUCUGGCUGCAGUGAUGCUACUCUGAACCGCCCUCCCUACAUGCCACAUUUGGAAGCCAGGGACAGGGGCCUGAGCAGCAAGACCCUGUGCAUGGAGAGCGAGCACAUCCUUCCAGAUGGCUCCCGGGUGCGGCACUAUGAUGUACACAGCCUGUAUGGGUGGUCCCAGACCAGACCCACCUACGAAGCAGUGCAGGAGGUGACAGGAGAGAGAGGGAUCGUCAUCACCCGCUCCACAUUCCCCUCUUCUGGACGCUGGGGAGGACACUGGUUGGGAGACAACACAGCUGCCUGGGACCAGCUGGGGAAAUCCAUCAUUGGCAUGAUGGAUUUCAGCCUCUUUGGCAUAUCCUAUACUGGGUCAGACAUCUGUGGGUUCUUUCAAGAUGCCGAAUAUGAGAUGUGUGUUCGCUGGAUGCAGCUGGGCGCCUUUUACCCCUUCUCCAGGAACCACAACACCAUCGGGACCAGGAGACAAGACCCUGUAUCCUGGAAUAAAACCUUUGAGGAUAUUUCCAGAAGCGUGCUGGAGACCAGAUACACCCUGUUGCCAUAUCUCUACACCUUGAUGUACAAGGCCCACACAGAGGGCAGCACAGUCGUGCGGCCUCUUCUCCAUGAGUUUGUGUCAGACCGGGAGACCUGGAAUAUAGACAAACAGUUCCUGCUGGGUCCAGCCUUUCUAGUCAGCCCUGUGCUAGAACCUAAUGCCAGAACAGUUGCAGCAUAUUUUCCCAAAGCCCGCUGGUAUGACUACUACACGGGCGUAGAUAUCAAUGCAAGGGGAGAGUGGAAGACCUUGCAAGCCCCUCUUGAGUACAUUAAUCUUCAUGUUCGUGGGGGCUACAUUCUGCCAUGGCAGGAGCCUGCCAUGAACACCCAGUUAAGCCGGAAGAAGUCAAUGGGCCUCAAGGCUGCGUUGAAUGAUGAGGGACUUGCAGAAGGCUGGCUCUUCUGGGAUGAUGGAAAAAGCAUCAAUAUCACCAAUCAGUACUACUUGGCCAGGUUUUCUGUCAGCCAGAAUACAUUGCAGACACAUGAAAUGUUUAACAACUACAUCACUGGCACAGUACCCUUGUAUCUAGGCUACAUUGAAAUCUGGGGAUUAUCCAGUCCUUCCAUUACCAGUGUGAGGAUCUCUGGGAAAAAUCUUAAUGAAGAAGUCUUAGCUGACUACAACACCACAACCCAGAUAUUACGUGUCAAUGUGACAGACAAAAAUAUCAGCCUGCAUGCUUUCCAGUCACUGACGUGGAGCUAGCUCUUCAUAAUGUUUUAAAGCAAGAUACUAUGAACAGAUUUUAAACUACUUCAUAAUGAUAUAAUUGUUGUAUAUCAUCAAUUGUUUCAUUCCCAGUAUGACUAGGAUAUUUUAUGGGUUUUAUUUUGUUAUUUUUUUUGUGUGUAUAUGACUCCCAAAGAUAAUAUCUCUAAUGUACCUGUGUAAUUAGUGUGGUAUAUAUGGUUCAUUAUAUGACAUUCAUUGAAACAUGAAGAUGGAAGUGAUUCAUGUUGAAGUGUGUAUGUGUGUGUAUGAAGGAGUAUGUGUGUGUGUGUGUGUGUGUGUGUGUGUGUGUCUGUGUCUGUGUGUCUGUGUGUAGGGGAUUCAAAUGUUUUCCUAAAGAUACAACAGAUAUCUUGUCAUGGCAGCUCCCAUUUGAAGCUAAGUAAAACCUUAAGAAGUAUGCAGAAGAAACUUCCGCAAGUUGGUAUGGGAGAGGAGACUAAUAUGCUGAGAGUUUAAUGGAGGAAGAAGGCAAAGGACAGAAAAGGAAGGAAGCAGUAAAAAUGUGAAGCAAAGGUAGGCAACAGUAAGAGACGGUCAUCCUCAAGAGGGAGCAUUGCGAGGAGGGGAAAAGAGGAGUCAGUGCACUGUAAGGAGAAUCGUGGGUUGGAGAAAGUAUUAACAUUCAGGAGGGCUAUGAGGAGAUUAAAUAGGGAGAACUGAAAGAAGGAGUUAGAUAUACAAAACAAGUUGUUUUUAUAGAAGCAUGCUUUGAAGUGUAUAAAUUUUAUUUGUUGACAUCUCAUGUACAUAACAACAGUUCACACAAACAUCUCUGAUUUAAAUGCCACAGAAAAAUAAAGCAGUGAAAUUGAAAGACA